CACACACACACACAAUGUGUGAUUUGGACCUAUGUAUAAUACAAUAUAAAAUUUCAAUCUUCAGAUAUAUUGUCAUGAAAGUUUCAAUCCAUAGAAGGAAACAUAUGCAUAUAAUAAUAAUAUAGUAGUGGUAGUAGGCUAGUGACUGGAAAUCAGAGCUUAGCAAAUCAAAAGAAAUACUUCACUAAAUGAAUUAACAUUGUGUUAGGAAAACUUGUGAAUUAUCGUUCUACUUGUCUUUAUCUAGACUGAUUUCUGUACUUCAACCGUACAAUGUACCUCAGUAAAAUAGAAAGAAUAAGCCUUUAGAUACAAAAUAGAAACGUAAAUGUCAUUUAAGCCACACUAUACUGCAAGAAACGAAAAUACUCCUAUACAUUUGUAUCAGCCCUGAAUUGAAUUUUGUCGCAACAGUUAGUUAAGUGAAGACUUGAUUUGAUAUUUUUUAACAUGCAACCUCAGGUGGAUAAUACAUAAGCUCUCCUUUAAUGAUAAUUACCGACGCAAUCAGACAUGUGGGCGACGCAAAUAAAUCCAGGAAGGGCAGUUCCUCUUGGAAGCAAAAUAAGAAAUUCCAAAAUCGUGAAAAAAAGUGAAGUCAGCAUGAUUGCUUGAGAGAUAAACAGCACUGUUCCCUUGUCCUAGUUUACGCGUAGUCAGCCCAAGUCAGCACCGGUGGAGGCCCUCGCAGUGAUUUGACCUCCUCUGCCUCUGCUGUGGCCUGCUAGCCUCUUUGUAUUUCAUUUGAAAAACCAUAACCACCUACGCAGAUUCCCCGCAACACGUCUUCUCUCUGUCUCCCUCACAAAUGAUAAAGCAGUGUUAAAUUAUAUCUUCUUGGGUCAUUUUUGUCAGCAAUGAACACACAUCAUAAAACCCGGCUGGGCUUCCGUUUUACGCAUUCAGAUAAUCUGCUUUUCUGUUGUGCUAAUCGUCAACUAUGGUAUAAAAAGACGUUAAAGGAAAACAUUACUCGAUAACCGAGCAAAGAGAGGCCGUUUUCUUUGUUGUGUUCUUGGAGGAAAAGAGAAGAAUUCUUGAGGGCUUCUCCUGUCAAGCCUUUUGCUGGGGCUAAGAUUGAUCACCGCUGUUAUUUCACGACUUCGAUUCUAAAAAUAUCUACCCCUUCCCACAAUGCCUUUUUAACAUCCAGAGUUUUUAAGUAUUACAUGUAGUGGAAGUUUAUUUUUACUUUUUCUCUCUCUGCCCAGUAUGUUGCUUAAAUUCAUUUUAAUGUCAACAAACCCAUUUCUUGUUACACUUAACCGAGGACUCCCAGUUGUAAACGCGACCUCUCAGUGAACUUUUAGUCAGUCCAGUAAACAUGUCGACCAUUUUUCACUCAGUGAAAACUUCGCACUGCUGGUAAUACAUGGGGCCCAGUCCAUAAAGUAUAUAGACAUUUUAAACACAUAUUGGUCUAAACACAUGCAUCGCAAUACUGAUGGCUAUAUUUAAUUUACAUCAUACCAUACUUCCAAAUAAUCAUCUAUAUUCUAAAGUGAAACACACCAGAGCCACUGACCUGUAUCUCCACUUUCAGCAAUCCCGCUACGAAUCGUACAAAACACAAUGUAUCAAGACGCUAUGCUUAGAAUAAGUAACCGCUAUUCGACAUUUCAUCCGAGGUAGACUAUGUAGCCUCAUAAGGGGGGCACGACACUUCACAGAUUUUGUGUGGGCAAAGUUAUACAUCGAUAGCUUGAUUGUCUGUUACUGUUGUCAAAACUUUGAAGAUUAAUGAGCAGUGCAUGAGAAGAGGGUGUUUGCCAUGUUGUGGAUGCGCUUUUAACAAUCACUUAAUGCGACCAAAUUACAUCACCGAGGUCCAGAAGCAAUGCGUACAUAUCUCCAUUGUUUGUCAUGAAGGUCCAUCACCUAAACACCCACACGAAACAGCUACGGCAGAACACAUGGUCAGCGGGCACCUUUUUUAUUGAAAUUAUUACCCCCUGCUAAUACAAACAAAUCCUGUAUCCCAAGAUAUUUUUUAUCAGUUGGUGAAAAUAAUGCUUUCUUUUGCCACCAGGCCCCGCGUUCCCAUUGGCUAUGUAUGGUCAUGUGACCAGGAAUUGGCUGCAAUUUCGCCCAUAGUCUUCAGUUUAGUAGACCAAGGUCCCCAUACGCUAGUAAUAUCACCAAUAUACACAAUUAUUAAAGCCCGCAAAUACGCUAUAGCGGGGCGCAAAUAAUCUCUCGUUUUUGUUUCUUUUUGCUGUUUGGUAUCGCCGUCCGCUUUGUGACCAAGAGAAGCUAUGAAUUUUGAAUUUGAGAGGGAGAUUGGGUUCAUAAACAGCCAGCCUUCCCUCGCUGAGUGCCUGACGUCUUUCCCCGCUGUCCUGGAGUCAUUUCAAACUUCAUCAAUCAAGGACUCGACAGUAAUUCCUCCUCCUUUCGAGCACACCAUACCCAGCUUGAGCCCCUGCACAAGCAACCAGGCGCGACCAAGGAGCCAAAAGCGCACCUCCAAUGGCCUCCAGCUCCGGACGCCGCAGCCGCAGCUGGGCCCGGUCCCGGCGGCGAGCGGCGGUACCCUGGCCCACGAGUUCCCAUGGAUGAAGGAGAAGAAAUCCUCGAAAAAGUGCCCGAAACCUGGAGCUGCUACAGCAGCUGCCUCUUCCCCUUCGCCUGCAUCCUCCGGGUACGCCAACGUGGGACUGGAGUCCCCGACAGAGACGCAGGGCGGGCUGGACAGCGGCAGUGGAUCCCGGAGACUGAGGACAGCCUACACGAACACUCAACUCCUGGAGCUGGAGAAGGAGUUCCAUUUCAACAAAUACCUCUGCCGGCCUCGCCGGGUGGAGAUCGCCGCGCUGCUGGAUCUAACUGAGCGACAGGUUAAAGUAUGGUUCCAGAACCGGCGGAUGAAGCACAAGCGCCAAACUACGCACCACAGGGAUGGCCAAGAGGGCGACCCUGGGGGGUACGAGCCUCUGGAAGGCACCGAUGUCGCAUCGCCAUAUUCAAGUCAGCCCUUGGAAGCGUCCGGUUCGGGUUCCGGCCCAGGUUCGGGCUCAGGCUCAGCGGCAGCAUCGGAAACCGAGACGUGCACUUCAACAGCCUCCUACACGAACAGCAUUGACAAUAAGCAACCCACGCCCGAGGAGAAUAAGCCGAGCGGACAAGAGCCUGCAUCUGCCUCUGACCCAGCUGUCCGCUCUCCCCCAUACCCAACGCCCACUACAGAUAACCCUGCAACAAUAGGCGAGGGCCAUGCAUCUGGCUCGGAUCACUCGUUUACGGAGCCGCAGGACACCGCCUCGCUCCCCGAUUUGAAUUUCUUUUCUGCGGAUUCAUGCCUGCAGAUUUCGGACGCUUUGUCACCGAGUCUGCAGAGUUCGCUGGACAGUCCGGUAGAUUUCUCCGAAGAGGACUUUGACUUAUUCACGAGCACCCUCUGUACAAUAGAUUUACAGCAUUUACAGUUCUAAUGGAGGACAAAACAUGAACAAUUUGAACAUCAGUGACUCAAGAACAAUCUAAUUCUGAAGACUGUCGCCGUGUUAAAAUGUUUUGAAUGCUUCUCGACUGCAACAUUCCUGCAAAUUGAUAUAGAAAAUAUCCUCUCAUCUUGGGUUUAAUUAUGAAUACGGUAUUAUUGAGGCACUGAGUGGUAAAGGAGCGAACAUGUUAUUAAUUGACAGUAUUGCUAUGUUUUUAACCUUACAUCCCCAUCCGGACUUCCCCUGUCGAAAUUUCAGGUAUUUAUCUCCUUUUAAUUUUCUGCGCUCAGUUUGUGCUCACUGAAUAACAUUUAAAUUAAGCUCAAUCGUUGAAUUCUCAGGAACUGUGUCAGACAUUAAGGAUAGCUGAACUGCUUUUAGAAAUUCACUCCUGGUUGGGCGUCCCUAUUGAAGAAUUUUAGAAACUAGUUUAUUUAUUGAGAUUCUUUAAUAGCAAAUUUCAAAUUAUUUAUUGUACAUUAUUUUCAUAGUUGAAAUAAAAAUGACCUUUAUAAGAUGGA